UAUAUUACUUCCUGCUUCUUCUUUUUUUUUUUAAGUCCACUAGUGGUCACAUGUGAGGGAUUCUUGCCAUUGGUUUUUGCUGAAGAUUAGAAAUGAACUUUGUCUCAGUUCCUCUUACAAAAGGAGAAGUGAGUCGCUGCCUGAGUGUGUGUGCCUCAGCUGUUGUCGAAACAUCGCUGUAAUACAAAGCUCUUAUCAAUUGCCUCAAAAUAAACUUGGACAUUAACACCUGAAGGUUUUUAAGAGUGAGCUGGUAUGAAGCUUGGACACGGAACAGGAAAUGGGUCCCAGUUGAUUUGACGAUCCUCUCAUUGGGGUGUUUCAAUAAAAGGAAGUAGCCUGGAAGUCAUUGUGCAGAUACAGGAGCAGCAUGUAUGAGAGCAGAUCCGCAGACGGUGGAUGUGAAGCAACUGUCAUCAGUGACAACAGUAUUGACGCCCACAGCAGCAGUACAGUCACAAAGGGCAUCAUUGUGGAGAGACUGUCUCGGUAUGGGCUGCAGGUCAUGCCCAGUGCUUCCCAGCGUAGGUCGAGGCUGCAGAGGCAGCAAGAAGUCGUUGACAGCUCCGGGCCACUGCAGAGGGAAGUCCCGGAGCGAGCGUCGCUCACAGCUGCUAUGCGUAAGAAGCAGCUCAAAGAUCUUCUUUUCAGAAAUUCCUCAAACAGCGGCUUUAAUAGCGCACUGUCCUCACACACUCCUCCCAGCGCGACCCCCUCAGAGGAGGACGCAGAGUGGGCUCUGUACCCGAUGGAGCACGCGUGGAUGCUUUCUGCAGCUGAAGGGAACUAUGACACCCUCCUGGAGUUCAUCUCCGUGGAUCCCGGUCUGUUAACGAGGAGGGAUUUCAUCAGCGGGUACUCGGUCCUGCACUGGCUGGCCAAGAGAGGACUGGACGAGAACCUGGUCAAACUUUUGCGUUACGCGGAAACCGCGGGGAUAGCAGUGAACGUGAACCAGCGGGGCAGCGGCGGCCUCACCCCGCUGCACAUCGCCAGCAUGCACGGACACUACAUGGUCGUCAAACUGCUGGUGGGAGCUUUCGGGGCCAAUGUGGACGUCAUGGACUACAGUGGGAGAAGAGCGUGGCAGUAUUUGAGGGGAGACGCGCCGCCGGAGAUAAAGGAGCUGCUCGGGACCUUCGAUGAGGAGCACGGUGGGGGGUGUGGACUCCCUGUCAACCAAAACAACAACAACGCGGCCAACGCCACGGACGUAACCUUCGUUGAUGAGGUCGAUGGUGGAAACACUGAGGAAGUGAACUUCUUCGACAGGACUCAGAGAAUCGGCAGCUGGAGAUUCGGGUCUCUCAGAAAAAUGCUGCCAUCCUUCUCAUUUCUGGGAAACAAAAGUUGAGCAUUUCUUUACAUCACUAAUUCUGUGAAUUCUUGCCCAGAUCAGAGAUUCACUGCAAACGUAUUUCUGACCAAAUCACGUUUGAGUCCUUUCUUCUAAUGUAAAAUGUUUUGAAAAGUCAAGGUUUCACUUACUAUCGAGCAGCUACCUGCCUUGUUCUUUUAAUGUUAUUUGAUUACAGGCAUGACUUGGACAGACAUUGACCACAGUGAUAACAAGCCAAAACAAAGGGAACCCAUAACCCACUCAAGAAAAAUCAUGCCUUCCUGUAAAGUCGCUAAAAUAAUCCUCAACUAUGCAUUUACCAUCACUAAACCUAGUUUAAAUAAAAAGCCAUCUGGAUUGUUUUUUUUAAACAUUUGCUGAUGUGGCCAUGUUUUCCUUCAGUUUAAACACGAAUACAUAAACAGUUUGUCUUGGUCCAAAAUUAGGCUUCUUGAAUAGCAGUGCUCUCUAUAGAGCUGUGUCAGCAUUACUUCUCUCCAUAUGUGGUUUGCCUCAGAAGACAAAAUUCAGCCUAUAAAUGAAGAGCUUAGCUCCAAAGUUCAGGAUAAGACAAAACUGUCAGAUUUCAAGUUUGAUCACAGAUCUUUUAUUAUCAAACAUGACAAGAUAACAUUGCGCUCCCCCUCCAGAGUCAGGCACAGCAGCUGGAGGUCUGGGGAGGACACAGGGAUCCAGAGACCCUCAUGUUUACAGGCCAAGCUUGGUCCUCCUCCAGUGUCUCCUCUUGGAGUUGUACCUGAAAUGGAACAACAUAAUCAAAGGUUAUGAGAGAAUAUCGUGACUCAUGAAGGUUCAGGUUUACAAACUGUAUUUAAAACUUUCCCAUUUUUAAAGCAAUAGAAAAAGAGAUUCUAUGGCAUCUAAUUCUGCAGCAACAUAUCAUUGCUUUAACAAACACGUGAGAAGCCAAGAUGCAAACAAGUUUCCACAAAACAUUCAAGGAUGUUUAAAAUUCACCACUUGGGUCACAAAAUUGAUCAAUUUCUUGCCACACUGCAGCUACAAUCUACAAGUCUGAGACUAAGGAAAAGUUAAGACUAAUAUUUCCAGUGAUCCACAGCUCUCCAUCAUGAGUCACUCUGUACUAGCCAUGGUUUCCACUCUCAGCCUCAUUGUAAGGGUAAACACUUGGGAAAACCAUAAAACCCACCUCAAAUUUGCAAGGUCUGAACGUUUUGGGUUUUUUUUUUAAACUCACUGUAAAGUUGUUAAUGCUGGGACAACAUGAUAAAUACAGAAAUAUUUAGAGUGACUUAAAAUCCUGCCUUAACUCAACAUAAGGUAUUUGUGAUUCUUUUUUAAAUGUGUGUCUGUCCUCAAAUAAUUAUGAUAAAACACAUAAAAUAUCCUAUCUGAAAUAUUUCACUGCAUGUUUAAGAAUCUGAAUAAAAUAUCUAAAUAUAUCGCAAUAAUAUCAUGAAUCACAAUAACUUUGGUCAGAAUAAUCACAAAUGGGAAAAGUUUUAUAUUGUGCCAUGCCUAGUAAAGAUGUAAAUCGUUCCCUAAUGUUAAAGUUUUUAUUGAAUGAAUAACAGUUGAACAAAAAAGUAACAUGUUCAGCUACAGAGCUUCCCUUUCAUCAACACAGUGAGCAGGGAAAAGAGCUCUACAGCAGAAAGAUGCUCUCAGCAGGGUUAAUGACAGCACUCCACAGAAAUGAAGUGCUGCAAUUGCAGACCUGCUUUACAUGACAUGGAGUAAUCACACAUUAUAUACUGCAUCCGCCCUAAAUGUAUACAGCACGGCAAUUAACUAUAGGACAACAGUGCAUUUUUAAAUAAAAACAUUCAACAGC